AUGCAGUCUCACAAGCGUGCAGCCCCUGUUUCUUUCAAGGGCAUAGUCCGUGGCAUUCCUUCGUUUGCAAGCGUCGUGAUCCUCUUGAAUGCGGUGAUCAUGGGGCUCGAGACGGACAUCCAAUCCCCGAUAUGGGAAUGGACUGAGCAGAUGAUGCUCUCCUUCUUCGUGCUGGAGGCAGUCCUCCGCGUUAGGCACCGUGGGUGGGAGUUCUUCACCAGCUCUGAGGAUGGUGGUUGGAACAUCUUGGACAUGACCAUUGUCGCGGCCGGCGUCAUAGACGACUGGGUGCUCAAGGCUUGGAGCUUCAUCACACAGAGCAGCCACAGAGGUGGCGGCCUCAGCAAGCUGAUGACGCUGGCGCGGCUACUGCGCCUGAUGAGGAUCCUCCGGCUCGUCCGUGUCGUGAGGGCCAUUCGGCCGCUCUACAUGCUGGCGAUAGGUGUGGUGCGCGCGAUGCAGAGCAUGUUCUGGGUUCUUGUUUUAACUUUCGUGGCGCUGUAUGCCCUCGCGAUUCUCACGACGCGAGCGAUUGGCAGAGGAGAGCUCCUCAACUCCAUGCACGACAUCCCGGAG